AUGUACGGUCGAGGCGGCGGUCAACAGCAAUACCGCGGCGGCAUCUCGUCGUGGGACAUGCAGGCCAACUCCGGCUACACCUCCUCCCCUUCCCAACAGCAGCAGCAACAGCAACAGCAGCAAGCCAGCUACUUUGGUAGCAAUAUGCUCUCCUCUGGCUCUCGCGACGAUGUAGGAGGUUACAGCGGAUACGCUUCCGGUGGCUCCAGCUCGCACUUCCCCUCCCAGUAUGCCGCUCAGCAGCAGGGCAAUGCCGCUUCCUCCUCUUCGGCCAACUCUCGGCCCAAUUCGUUCGCCAGCUUCUCCGAGGCUUUCCAGGGCAGCUACAAUGGCAACUCGCUCCUGCCUCAGCAGCAGCAACAACAAACGCAACAGCAGCAGCAGGGCCAACAGCAGCAGCAACCUCCCACCACGUCGUACAGGAGCGAACACAGCUACUACCAGCCUUCUUCCGACUCGUACGGCGCUAACCGCGAUCGCUCGGCUCAGGCAAUGUAUCCCAACGCCAGCGACGGCUUUGGCAAAGACUCACGCUUCGAUAAUGGCUACUCAUCGGCCAGCGGUCAACAGGACUGGAGCAAUUACCAGGCCUCGUCGGCUCAGACCAGUGCAAACGCCGCCUCUCGGUCCCAAGCCACAACCGCUGCCGCGCCAUCCGCUUCGCCCUCGGUCGCUCCUGCUGCCACUUCUGCUGCUGCUACCGCUGCUCCUCAGGCGCCAGCUGCACCACCAGCCAACGUGCCAAAGAAGCGAGGACGCAAGCCCAAGAACCAAACCGAGGCUGCCGCUGCUCCCGCUGCCGCCGCUCCAGCAGCAGCACCUGGUGGCAAAGCUGCAGGCUACCCAGCGCAACAGCAGGCCAACUUCAUCGAUCCUUCCGCGACCAUGAUCAAGACCAACGGCGCUCCCACCACGGCCAAAGGCAAGAAGGCUGCCGCUGCGGCGGCUGCAGCUGCUGCAGCUGCUCCCCCUCCCCCCGCCGCGCCUGUCAUCGCUGGCAUUCGACCCAAAGGCAAGCGCGGUCGCAAGUCCAAAGCCGAGCUUGCCGCUGAAGCAGCCGCCGCCGCUGCCGCGCCUCCUCCCGCACCCGUCGCGGCCAUCGACCCAUCCAUGAACCCGCCGCCCGCUAAACGCAAGCGACGCACCAAGCUCGAGAUGCAAGCGGCCCGAGCGGCCGAAGCGGAUGCCAACGCGCGUCAAGCUGCUCUCCAAGCCGCCGGUCAGGCGCCCAUCCCCGUCAAGGACCCCAGAGGCCGCAAACCUGGCUCCAAGGGAAGCUUCACCAUCGCCUGGAACAAGGAGAUGGUCUCCAAGAUCCAGGGGUUGAGGGUGUUCGGCAACAUGAUCGAGGACGAUGCGACGCAGGGCGAGUUCGACAAGGUGGUGUUGGACUUGUUGAGCAUGCUCGAUGGCAAGCUGCCUGGUGACAAGAAGCCCUGA